AGUGAAGACAAAGGAAACUUUGUUUAAACAAAAUAAUAAUAAUGAAAUUAUUAGUGGUUUUUGUGGCUUUAUUGGCCUGUGUGGCGGCCUAUGAAGUGGAAUUGUUGACCGAAAAGCAGUGGGAGGAAUUUAUGGAGGAUGAAACCGUUACCCCUGAAACCAGAGGUUUGAUUUUGAACUCUCAGGCCAAAAAAGCCGUUAAAAAUGCCUUAAAACAAAUGCCCUGCGGUUGGCCCGAAUAUGGUAUUCCCCCAUUGGCUCCCUAUACCAAUCCCGAUUUGGAAGUUCAUUUAGCCAAAUCGGUAGUAGAUGCUCUGAUCCAAAUGAUACGUUUCCGUUUCGAUGGUUUGGAAAGCAUGGAAAUCAAGAAAUUGAAAGUCUCCUACACUUUCAACAAGAAAGUUAAAUUCCAUUUCAAUUUCCCCAUUUUAAAGGCCACCGCUUCUAUGAUGAACACCGACACCUUCCUGGACACCAUGAAACAAUUGGGCUUGACAGUGCGUUAUGAGGGCAGUGGUCCUUUGGAAUUCUCUUUGCAAAAUCUAUCCAUUGAAGGUCAAUUCAAAUAUAAAAUGCCCUUCAUUUUCGGUUCCGUUAAGAUCUACAAAUUCCAGGCUGUCGUUACUUUGGGCUCGGUGACUUCCAAUAUUGGUGGUGUUUUGGGCAAUGGCAAGCUGAAUGCUUUGGUUAAUGAUCAAAUUGAGGAUUUAGUACCGGCUUUCAUUAAUGGCCAUCAGGCUGAGAUUAGUGCCAUGAUUGAGGAGAACUUUGUGCCGCGUGUUAAUGCCAAGCUGAAGGGUAAGAAGAUUUGGAGUAUGUUGGGCAUGUUGGCUAAUUCGAAUAGUAAAUGUGAUGCUCCUCCGGCUCCUUGGUUGGCUGAGAACUGAAAUGUUUUGUUAAUGAAAUUAUGAAAUAAA